UUACCCAGAAUGCUUUCUGUUUUAUUUAGGGCAGAAUAAUGGAGGGGUGCCGGCAACCUCUCCUCCUGCUGUGGCUGACAGCAGUGGCAGCAAUGAAUAUACUAGGACAUAAUGCUGAGUCUGUGGAAGAAGCCACACUGCAGGUUAUGAACUUGACAAACCAGCUUCUGAAAGCUAUUCCUUAUAGCAGCAACAGUUCCUCUGUUACCAAACUGGAUAUUGGAGGGAACGUGAUUACUCUGGAUAAGGACGACAGACUGGCCCUGGCUAGUUAUACCAGACUGGUAGAACUCCACCUGGAUGGUAACAUGGUAACCAGUAUACCAGCAAAGUACUUCUCUGUGGUCCCAAACCUCAGAGUGCUGUCUCUGUCCGGGAACAAAAUCAGCAGCCUGGACCCAGAGUCUUUCUCUGGCCUAGAUGUCCUGACUGAGCUGGACCUGUCCCACAACCUGCUGACAAGUCUCCCUACAGAGCUAUUCACACAGCUGAAUAAUCUAAAGGUGCUGAACCUGCAGGAAAACCCCUGGAACUGUUCCUGUUCACUGCUGAGCACCAUUGGAGAGGUCAAAGCAGCCGGAGUUAUAAUCGGUGGGGAACAAGCCACCUGUGCUUCUCCAGAAAAGCAGGCUGGACAUGAUCUCCUGCAGGCUACAGCUGUGUGUCACCCAUCACCACCACCACCCAUCCCUACUACACACCCACCAAAACCACCAACACCAGUCAGCUCUCAACAGUCUCGGGGCUCAUCCAAAAUGCCGAAGACCACGCGGACAUCAAGCCCGAAACACAUCAAGAAAGACCAGACACCAGUGUUGGGCAACUCAUGGAAGUUCACAGCAUGUGUUGUAGCCUUGGCAAUAAGCAUAUCUAUGCUAAUCGUAUGUGGCAUAAAGGGGCCCUCCUGGUACAAGCUCUUCCAUGACUACCGUCAUCGGCGACUGCGCCAAGAGGAGGAGGAGGGGGAUGUUGUGUCAACAGUCUUCUCAGAGAGAUAUCAGACAUUCACCUUCAAGCAAGAGAAUGGGCAGACGGAGGAGGAGGAGGAUGGGUAUUUUGAGGAUCCAUACAUCAAAAGCGAAGAGUGACAUGCAGAGGAGUAGAACCAUGAAUGUGACCAGACGAGGCAGCAAUCAUCAUAGAAGGGAAAUCUGUAACUUGUGUAUUCUAAAAACUUAUGAUACCAAAAAAAUCUUACAAGACCAUAGUUGGAUAACCUAACUGCUAAAUAAAGCCAU